GGACUAAGACUAGGUUAUAGGCAGAUCCCCUCCCGAGAAAAGCAGGAGAAAGACCCGCAGGGCAUCCGCUCUGCCCUUCUCCGGCUCUCUCGCUGGAUCCUCCGGAGCCUCUCUGUGCGCUGCCUGGAACCUGAGGGCACGCAGCAUGGAGUGGGGUUACCUGUUGGAAGUGACCUCCUUGCUGGCCGCCUUGGCGCUGCUGCAGCGUUCCAGCGGAGCUGCGGCCGCCUCAGGCAAGGAGCUGGCGUGUCAAGAGAUAACAGUGCCACUAUGCAAAGGCAUCGGCUACAACUACACUUACAUGCCUAACCAGUUCAACCACGACACGCAAGACGAGGCGGGCUUGGAGGUGCAUCAGUUUUGGCCGCUGGUAGAGAUCCAGUGCUCUCCCGACCUCAAGUUCUUCUUGUGCAGCAUGUACACGCCCAUCUGCCUGGAGGACUACAAGAAGCCCCUGCCUCCCUGCCGCUCAGUGUGCGAGCGAGCCAAGGCCGGAUGCGCACCCCUCAUGCGCCAGUACGGCUUCGCUUGGCCAGACCGAAUGCGCUGCGAUCGACUGCCAGAACAGGGCAACCCAGACACUCUCUGCAUGGACUACAACCGUACUGACCUCACCACGGCUGCGCCCAGCCCUCCGCGCCGCUUGCUGCCGCCGCCUCCUGGCCAACAGCCGCCCACAGGCAGUGGCCACGGCCGCCCGCCAGGGGCCAGGCCCCCAUCUCGAGGCAGGGGGGGAGGUGGCGGGGACGCGGCGUCGCCCCCCACCCGCAGCGGAGACGGCGGGAAGGCGCGGCUCCCUGGCGGUGGCGCGGCGCCCUGUGAGCCGGGCUGCCAGUGUCGCGCGCCAAUGGUGAGCGUGGCCAGCGAGCGGCACCCUUUGUACAACCGCGUCAAGACCGGCCAGAUCGCCAACUGCGCGCUGCCCUGUCACAACCCCUUCUUCAGCCAGGACGAGCGGGCCUUCACUGUCUUCUGGAUCGGUCUAUGGUCUGUACUGUGCUUUGUGUCCACCUUCGCUACCGUGUCCACCUUCCUCAUCGACAUGGAGCGCUUCAAGUACCCUGAGCGGCCCAUCAUCUUUCUCUCGGCCUGCUACCUCUUCGUGUCGGUUGGCUACCUGGUACGCCUGGUGGCGGGGCAUGAGAAGGUGGCGUGCAGUGGUGGCGCUCCGGCUGCGGGCGGAGGGAGCGGCGCGGGCAGCGCAGCUGGGGCGGCGGCGGGCGCGGGCGCCGCAGCGGCGGGCGCCGGCAGCCCGGGCGGGCGCAGCGACUACGAGGAGCUGGGCGCCGUUGAGCAGCAUGUGCGCUACGAGACCACUGGCCCGGCCCUGUGCACGGUGGUCUUUCUGCUCGUAUAUUUCUUCGGCAUGGCCAGCUCAAUCUGGUGGGUGAUCCUGUCACUCACGUGGUUUCUGGCAGCGGGCAUGAAAUGGGGCAACGAGGCCAUCGCCGGCUACUCGCAGUACUUCCACCUGGCCGCGUGGCUCGUGCCCAGCGUCAAGUCCAUCGCUGUGCUGGCGCUGAGCUCCGUGGACGGUGACCCGGUAGCAGGCAUCUGCUACGUGGGCAACCAGAGCCUCGACAACCUGCGCGGCUUUGUGCUGGCGCCGCUCGUCAUCUACCUUUUCAUAGGGACUAUGUUCCUGCUGGCCGGCUUCGUGUCGCUCUUCCGCAUCCGUUCGGUCAUAAAACAGCAGGGCGGCCCCACCAAGACGCACAAGCUGGAAAAGCUUAUGAUUCGCCUAGGCCUCUUCACCGUGCUCUACACAGUGCCCGCCGCCGUUGUAGUCGCCUGCCUCUUCUACGAGCAGCACAACCGCCCGCGCUGGGAGGCCACGCAUAACUGCCCGUGCCUGCGGGACCUGCAGCCUGACCAGGCACGCAGGCCGGACUACGCGGUCUUCAUGCUCAAGUACUUCAUGUGCCUGGUGGUAGGCAUCACUUCGGGCGUGUGGGUCUGGUCAGGCAAGACGCUCGAGUCGUGGCGGGCCCUGUGCACCCGCUGCUGCUGGGCCAACAAGGGCGCCGCAGUGGAUGGAGUUGCUGGCCUGAGAGAUGCGGAUGGUCCGGGCGGGGGCGCGGGAGGAGGGCGGGGCGGCGGAGCGGGAUCCCUCUACAGUGACGUCAGCACAGGCUUGACGUGGCGAUCUGGCACGGCCAGCUCCCUGUCCUACCCAAAGCAGAUGCCAUUGUCCCAGGUCUAAGUAAAGUGGGUGGGGCUUUCCCUGCUCCGGACAAUGAAGCUGCAGUGAGGAAGCCAAGUGCUGUGAGGGGACACUCCACGGGCUGGAGCUGAGGUUUCCAGCCCUUCUCCUUGUUGACUGCUAUUAGUAUGAUAAUGAACUCUUAAUGGUACCCAUUAGCUGGAACUUCAAUGUCUUGCUUAGAACAAAGUUCCUGGCCUAGACCUCCCAGCCCCAGCCCCCUUUCCUCCAUUGGUAAGUGAGGAGCAGGAGCCCUGAAGGCGUUAAUUUUGGCAGAGGAGGGUGGACUCUCCAGCUUUCCAAGACCCCAAGGCUUGGAGUCCUCAUUGGUUGCCGUUUGGUGAGCUUGAAGCCAGAUCUAUAGAUUUCACCUGAGAGACCUAUUUUUCUCCUACGUUAACUCUUAUUCCUUAUGCAUCCUAGAGGAGGGAUGAUUGCGACCUACCGGAAUUGUAUGGUUUGGGUAUUCUUCAUGACCGGGCAAAUGCCUUAAGUGAAUUAAAAAGAAAUGUCUUAAUUAUACACCCCAAGUAAAUACGGGUUUCGUACAGUAAAGGAUGUAUUUAUAUAAUUAUUUGUUGAAUUGUAAAAAUUGUAAAAUAUGUACAUAUCCAGAGAUAUAUAGUCUGUACAUUUUUUGUAAAAAGUAUAGAGGCUACUCCUGUACGAACAAAUCUAAGUUUUCUAUUUUGUCAAUAAAAUGACUUUUGAUAAAUGAUUGAAACAUUGCCCUUUCCCCUACCUCUUCUAAGCUGUUACCUGUAAAGUGCUUGCUAAGGGCAUGUUGGAAGAGUGGACAUUUUCUGGUUUCUCUGUACACUAACUUUAGGCAUGGAGAAAAUGACCUGUUAAACUCUAGUUCUUAAGUUGUUAGCAUAGUAAAUAUCACUGUUGAACUGCAACCAAAACUGAGUUUUUGCACCUUCCAAAAAGAUGUUUUUAAUGAUAGCUCUUUUUCAAUCCAUGGAUAACAAUGCUCACUUUAGCGUGUGUAAGUGGACUAUUGCAAGGGAGUAAUUUUCCACUCAGGCCUUGUUAUUUAUCUUCAAUAGUAUCACUAAAGGCUUCAAAAUCUCACGUUUAUUUCUUUCUCGUGUCUGUGAUUUUGAAAGCACCUGGACUGCAACAAGCUGUUGAAGUGUAAAGGUGAGUGUUUUAAACUGUGAAACACAUUACACAGUAUGUCACUUGAUACUCUGGUGGUGGAACAGACAUCCUUAAUGGAUUAAACUAACGGGUUAACAUCUUAAUAUCAAACAUGCUGUUUUUCCUAGAGAAAAAGCUAUUGUUCCUCUGUCAAGACAGCUAAUUUAUUUGAGCAGAAGGCUGUUGAAUUAGAAGAAGAAUGCUUUGGCAAUUGAACUUUUUACCUGUCUGCCCAGUGGCCCAGCACAUCAUUCCUUUAAGAGGAGCUAAAUGAAUAGGGUUAAUCUGUAGGGAACUUGGUCUUUUGAGUUUGAAAAACUUUGAUCUUUUCUCCUCUCCAAAUGUGCUGUAUAGUCUGAAGUUUCUUUCCCUGCUGCCUGGCUCCUCUUGGUGCAGACCAAUUGGCCACCGUGGAGCCUUAAAGUUCUUCCAUUAAAGGAAUGUGGGACUUUUACUUUAAAAAGGAGAGAGAGCUAGGGAGAGGAAUACUUGUAACAGUUAGUGAAGACCUGAGGCACAAGUGUGCUCAGCCUUUUAAACAGUUUUUCCAAGCAUUGUUAGCCAGCCUGCAGGCAGCUAGGCAUGGAUUCAAGCGUUAUAGAAAAGGGUUCUGAAUGCCCUACAGGUGGUCUGUGCACAUAAUCCCCCAAUUUAAAGCGUUUUCCUUUGCUUGACAAUUGUAUUACACAAGUCCCUUCUUUUUUGCUCCUAAUUGAACCAAUGUUAA